AUGAAGAAGGAGAUCCUCACCUUGGCCUUUGCUCGCUCUGUCUUCGUCGAGUUCCUCUCCACCCUCAUCUUCGUUUUUAUCGGCCUCGGCUCAGCCCUGAAAUGGCCUUCAGCCCUGCCCAGCAUCCUGCAGAUCUCCUUGGCCUUCGGCUUGGCCAUCGGCACCUUGGUGCAAGCCUUCGGCCACAUCAGCGGUGCCCACAUCAACCCCGCGGUCACCAUCGCCUUCUUCGUGGGCAACCAGAUCUCCUUCCUGCGCACGCUGUUCUAUGUCCUGGCGCAGCUGGUUGGGGCCAUCGCCGGCGCCGGGAUCCUCUACGGCGUCACCCCGGCCAACACGCGUGGCAACCUGGCCAUCAACGCCCUCAACAACAACACGACCCCAGGCCAAGCCCUCGUGGUGGAGAUCAUCCUGACCUUCCAGUUGGCUGCUUGUAUCUUCGCCUCCACGGACAACCGGCGCAGCGGCGUGGGCUCCCCAGCACUGUCCAUCGGCCUCUCCGUCACCCUGGGGCACCUGGUGGGGAUCUACUUCACCGGGUGCUCCAUGAACCCUGCGAGGUCCUUGGGCCCUGCAGUCAUCGUCAGGAGGUUCAGCUCAGCACAUUGGGUCUUCUGGGUUGGGCCCAUCGUUGGGGCUUGCUUGGCCUCUCUGCUCUACUUCUACAUCCUCGUGCCCUACUGCAUGAACAUGUCAGACAGAGUGGCCAUCAUCAAGGGCACCUACGAGUCGGAGGAGGAGUGGGAAGAGCAGCGGGAGGAGAGGAAGAAAUCCAUGGAGUUGACCCCACCCUAG